CUAUGAAACACGUCACGUCAAUCACAAAAUGGAGUCCGAUUAGUCUUGAUCGUUAAAGGAGGGCGCCACUGUAAUACAACUGCCCAUAAUCCAGUACGUGGCGUAGUUAGUUUCAAUUUUUGCCACCGGCAUUAAAAUGUCAUAUCAUGUUCCCUGAGACUCCUGAGAGUGACGCUUGGGUUACAUUUUGUAUUAAUAUAGGUCGUUUCCGGUUUAGAUUUGUCCAAUAAGUAAUGUGUUAUCUUCUUAGUGUUUAAUAUUUUUUGUUUGUUGCGUUUUACACCUAGUUGAAAAGAUUAUUUCGUUAAUUUAGUGACUGCAGGUUGAAAAUUCACAGUAACAGCUGCAGAAGAGUGAAGAUUGUGCUUGAGUGGAAUUAGGUUAAUACGGAAUAGUUUAUGACCGUUUGAGGUCAUAAACUGUCAAGUGUAGUGCGUCAGUAUGGACCUGCCCGACUGCCCUCCUGGAGCUGAAGGCUACCAAGACUCUGUUACUGAAAUUCCCAAGAAGCCGGAGCUUGAAGACUCAUCAUGCACUAAGGCGGAGCAGGAAUUCCAAGAACAUUUGAAUAGCCUUCGCAUCAGCUGCGAAGAUGGCAGCCAGCGUUGCAUGGUGGAGCGUCGCGGGCGCGACGUGUCUGGGAAAUGGAUCUACCUGUGCUAUCCGUGUGCCGCCGUCUGCAGCGGCGAGACUAUUCUGCAGACACAUAUUUCGGGGAAAAAACACAAGAUCAAGAUAGCGAUGAGAAAUGUUUGGCCGCUGAGUCUCUUCGACGAGCACCCUUUCAUACAAACAGAACGUGGGACUAAAACUGAAGCAACGGAAAAGGUGUUGCAAAAGAUGGCGCAGGAAGUGGACAUGCACAACAAAAACGCUUCCGAGUUUGACCAGAAGUACGGCAAGUACAGAGACGUGACGUGCCACAUACAAAGCAUAGUCGAUAAUGUCAAGGCGCCGCUGCUGGGCCUGGAGUACCUGGUGGAGCACCCACCCGAGCAGGCGCACUACGAGCCCUCCUACACCUGCACGCUGUGCUCCAAACAGGGCCACCCGCGCACCAUCAUCAACCACAUGACCUGCUUUUGGCACAGAUACAACUAUCUUGUGCGUCACUUCGGGAAGGCUUGCAGCCUCAUGACGCCGUACCGCGCGCAGCCGAAGUACCGCGAGGGCGUGUCCGUCAUCAUGAACCGCCUGGCGCAGCGCAUCGAGGACAAGCACGGCCGCCAGCGACCCGUGCACAUCGAUAAGGAGGAAUAUGACAACGAUAAGGAGAGUAUUCAUCAGUGGAUAUUCAAAGGCUUCCAUUUCUCUGAAACCAACGGCCCCACCUUUGAAGAAGUGGUUGACGUCGAUCUAAUCAACACGUUAUUGAAAUCAGAUAACGACUCAAAAUUGGCAAUCAGGAGCAGAGACAAAGAUCCAUCCCCUCCGCACGUGGCUGCGCCGUCUAAACCUCAUUUCAACGCAUUCUCGCGUUCGGGUCGGCGACAGGAGCGGCGCGGCGGGUCGUUGGAGUCCCUGUCGGACAUUAGCGACGAGCAGGAGCCACGGCGGCGCCCAGAGCGCCCGCGCGGCCGCGCCGAGCUCCCGCACGACCGGGACCGCGAUCCGCCCAGGGGCAAAUACGAACAUCAACGGCCGCGAUACGAACCUUACCCGGACAAGCGGCGGACCAGCCCCUAUCGCUCGCGCUUCGCCAUUCGGAACCCCCCCGCGGAGAAACCCCGUCCGAGCGACAAGCAAAGAGCACCGAACUACGCCUACAAGGUAAAGCUCGCUGAGGAUAAGCGCAUGAUCGCCGAAGAGUCGGCGCAGAAAACCCUCGCCUACCACGAGAAGAACCCGGAGAAGCAUCCACUCUACCCCGAGGAGUGGAAGAAAUUCUGGAAUAGGCGGUACAAAGAAAUACAAGCUGAGGGAAAGGAUCCGUCUAAACACGAUUUUAAGCCAGAAUGGAUAGUGUUUUGGACAGCACGCAUGAAAGAAUUGCAUGACGCAGAAUUGAAGGUGGUAGUGAACGAAAUCUACCGAAAACUUUGCAUAUCACCUCCCGACAUGAGACCGCGCUCGCCCGAGCUGAAGGCUAAGUCCUUGGAGCGACGUAGGUCUCCGGAGCCCAGGCGCCGCUCGCCGCCCAAGCGGCGCUCGCCCGACCUGCGUGAGCGCGACCGCGCCCGCUCGCCCGACUCGCGCCGCCGAGAGCCUCACUUCGAGCCGCGCCGCAAGUCGCCCGCCCGCCGCGUGUCCCCGGACCCGCGCCUUCACCGCAGAGCGCGCAGCCCUGUGCGAACCAACUUCACACUGGAGUCAGUGCGGCGCAGCCGCAGCCCGCUGUCGCGGCGCGAGGCCGAGCUGCGCAACCGCAGCCCCGCGCCGCCCGCGCAGCCGCACCCGCACCAUGCCGCGCCCAGCAUGCAGACUGUGACCAUCUCCGAUGACGAACUUAAAAUCGAUGACAACAUAUCACCGUGGAAUUCGGACGACAUGGAUUCAAUAGAGUCAGUGCCGGAGGCGCGGUCGCCGAGCACGCGUUCUGCGCGCGCGGGCAGCGUGGCGUCGCGUGGCUCGCGGUCGCGGCGCGAUUACCGCGGCCCGCUGGCGCCCGCCACCGCGCCGCAGGAUCUCGGCCCGCCCGAGAACGUGGUGGUUACGUUGCGGCUGCUCGUCGCGCUCGAGGACUACCUCGGUAGUCUUGGACCUAAAAUUGUAGACUUGCUCACCGACGCUAUCCGCAUGGAAAAGGAAAAAGCGAACUCUUCAGAGGAGCUAUUGGAACGGGAAUCGGCGGUAGUGCUGAUCGAGACGGCAAAGGAGAAGCUGAAGGGCGCCGUGCAGGCGGGGCUCGUGGCCGCGGGCGCCGCGGGCGCCGUGCGCGCUGCCAUCGUGCGCGCCGCCGCCACGCUGCACGUAGCUGACACUCGCGCCCGUGCUGUCAACAAGGGAUCCAAGAGCGGCUCGAGCGCAGUUCAGCAGGGUCAGGCGACUGCGGGUGCGGCUGUGGCGGGGGUGGCGGUGGCGGGCGUCGGGUCCGUGGAUCGCGCGCAGAUCGCGCAGCAGAUGGCGGCCGCGCUCGUGGCGCAGGGCAAGACCGACGUCUCUUCCGAGGAGCUCGCUCAGCUCGUCGACGCCGUGGUCGGGAUAGCUGAAGAAAAGAAACGAAAAGAACAAUCCAAGAAAAGGAUGGAACAAAAAGUGACUGUUGCUCCAGCAGUCAACACCGCCAGCGGAACCGCUUCGGCUUUGCAAAUGUUGCAGUCGGCCUAUGAUGAAAACGACAAGAAAACGGAAAAGGCGGACGCACCAGACGCUAUGGACGGUUUAUCAGACUCUGAUCUGGAGACAUUGUUAAAAAAUUUCAACGAGCUUUCGGCGGAGGAACAGCAUAGCCUCAUAGCAUACCUGAAGAAAUUAGAAGCGCGUGAGCCUCAGCGGGUGGAGCGACUUAGGCAGUACGUGAGCGCAGCCGCAUCACCCGGCGCGCCCGCCGCCCCCGCGCCCGCGGACGAUGCCUCCGCGCCCACCGAGACGCCACGCCCCGCGCCCGCGCCUGGCGCCGCCGUUAAACCCAUCGCUGUUGACAGCGAUGACGACGACUACACCGUUGAGGAGGUAUUCAAGUCUGUAACAGAGAAAGUAAAAGAAGACCAGAUACGCCAGGAAAUGGAAAUUGUCAAGAAAUCGCUGGAAGAGACGCAAGCAGUAACGGUUGCAAGCGAAGUAGUGAGACCUACUCCACCUGAUGUAUCCAAAAACAUGUCGUCAGCGGCCAAUUUGCUGGCACUAGUACAAGCUUCGAUUCAGUCCUCGGCGGCCGCCACAAGUGCGCUUGCGCCUUCCUCGGACGUCGUCUCCAGCAACCUACAACCGAGAUCUUUCGGCGAUAUACCGAUCCCACCAGCUGCGAUUCACGCCGAGCCAAGCAAACUGACUAUGCAAACCGUACCCAUAACUUCGCUGACGACUCCACCCAGCCAGCAACUCGACGUCUACAACAACCUGCAGCAGCAUGGUCCCUUCAGUAAUCAGCAGAGCUCAUUAGCGGUACCUAUACAUGACAGGCCCAAUUUUGACGGAAAUAACACUUCUCAUAUCAAUGUUUGGGAUCAAAGACCAAUGCAUAAUAUGCCAGACGUAAGAGGCUCUAUGCUACGGCCUCCUGGAUAUAGUAAUUAUGGUCAAAACAAACCGUACAACCAACAAGGGCCUAGGGGUAAUUUCGUAAACGGUAGAAUGCAGGAUAGUUACGAUACGAGGCAGAAUGAGAUGAGUCAACAGUUCGAGCGUUCCCAGUAUGAUCAAAACAAUUAUGGUCGUAGAGGAGGGGGCGGAGGACGCGGCCAUUUCGGUGGCCCAGGGGGGAGCAAGAGGGGCCGAGGACGCGGCUAUUACUAACGUCUAGGUUCAAACUUUCAUUGACUUAUUAUAGAAGAAAACCUAACUCGUGGUUCUAUUCAUAGAUUGCUGAAGUCGCUUUUUUACUAUUUCCUUUAUUCAUGAAACUUAAUGCCUAUGUUAGUUACAAACCUUUUUUAGCAAAGUUCCCAAUUGUUUAUGUAGUGCAGCUACAUAAACUAUUUUUUUACAUGUUACAUUUUUUUUGCGACUUCAGUACCCCUAGUGUAAAUUUAGUCGAUAGCGAAACGUGACGUACGCGUUUGCGUUAAGUCUCAUUUUGUAUGGGUUUUUGAACAGCGCGCCAAGCGGGACGUUUUGGAAAGUCUAAAAUCUCAUACAAAAUGACACUUAACGCAAACGCGUACGUCACGUUUCGCUGUCGAAAAUAUUUACACUAGGGGUACUGGAAAUGAAGAUACUUGCGUGUAGCCUGUGGAAACUAUGGUCGAAUCCAGAGUUAGAAACAGUAACCUGACAGUUACGGGCGUGUACUUCAUGAGAUUACUGCGUUAUCGUAUAAAUACUAUUAUACGUUUUCUGAAUAAAGUAUUACGUGGCUUCAUAUCUUUAUAAGUCAUAAUGUUACAUUAAUAUGGCAAUCAUAAAUGUUUUUGAAACUGCUGUCAGAUUACUAUCAGUAUAGAGUGUGCGAGUAUGUAUACCGGCUCCACGACGUCUUAAAACAACGCCGCGAUGCCCUGAGUGGUCGCGACGCACACUUUAGGAACCCUGUUUUUUAACGUUUUACCAAUGACAAAAAUAAACUUAAACAUAGCAUUAGCA